CCAGCCAUGCAGGGCCCCAGGCCUGUGGUGCUGAGCGGCCCCUCGGGGGCUGGGAAGAGCACCCUGCUCAAGAAGCUGCUGAAGGACUACGAGAACAUCUUCGGCUUCAGCGUCUCCCACACCACCAGGCAGCCCAGACCCGGAGAGGUGAAUGGCAAAGAUUACCACUUUGUGACCAGAGAGGAAAUGCAGAAGGAAAUUGAUGCUGGUGAAUUCAUCGAGCACGCCGAGUUCUCAGGAAACAUCUAUGGGACAAGUAAAGGUGCAGUGCAGGCCGUGCAGGCCCAGAACCAGAUCUGUGUCCUUGACAUCGACAUCCAGGGGGUGAAGAACAUCAAGAAGACAGACCUGAACCCCAUCUACAUCUCCGUGCAGCCUCCUUCCAUAGACAUCUUGGAGAAGAGACUCCGUGACAGAAAGACUGAGACAGAGGAGAGUUUACUGAAGCGUUUGGCUGCAGCCCGUGUGGACCUGGAGCUGAGUAAAGAGCCUGGCCUCUUCGACUUGGUCAUCAUUAAUGAUGACCUAGAAAAAGCCUACUCUGAGCUGAAGGAGGUGCUCCUGGAGGAAAUCAAGAAGACCCAAGAAUCCAGGAAGUCCUGA